UCAUCCAACCUCUCAAUUACUAUCCUCUUGUCAAAGAAUCCACUGAUGACUAUACACUUUUAGAGUAUUUACAAGAUGAUAAUGCAGAAACUAGGCCAGCAUUCUUUAUGCCAGACAAUAAUGCUGGACCAGACCUGGUUUUCUUCAUCAAGUUUUCAAGUGGAAUUGAGAUUCCAGUGCUAGUCCAAGUCAAACUCAGAAAAGCAUUUCAUGAGACAGCUCAUGCCUUGGGCUCAAUUGAACCUGAAAAACUUUAUCAAAAUGCAAAUGGUGAGCUUCACAAAAAAGGUAUUGGUAUUUCAAACAUUAUGGUUAGCAAAUGUGUGAAUGGUACAAUUCUGCUUGUGAUUGCCUAUCCAUCUGAUGAGUCAGCAACACCACGAAUGCUGAAAGUGGAAAAUAAGGAUGACCCACAUAAUCGUGAAGCAAAACAUCUUGUUGGUUCAAUUGAUGCACGUAAUGCAAGUAAAGUUUUUACAGAACCUCAUUUGCAAAUUCUUAAUGCUCUGAAACGUUGUCAUGAAGAAGAUAAUUCUAAAAAAUUACAAAAAAGGCAGAAAAAGCAGAAUGCGAAUGAUUAA